AUGAGAUACAACAAGUCUAGAGAUAUUAGGAGGUGGGAGCUUCGGAAGAUGAAGGCGGCUGGGCUAAGUGUGGAGGAAACGUAUUCUGAUGAAGAGACUAGCUUGGUUCCAGAUUUGGUGUAUAACGAGGAUUUGAAUGAGUUUCCAGGAAACAAAAUGGCCGAUUCUACUUUUCAGAACAAAGUGGAGGUAGAGAAACCAGGCACGGAAAUAAGUGCGAUAGCCAAGAAGGGAAGCAUAUUCCUAAACGAGCAACCCCGUAGCUGUACGAUACCAUCUAUAAAGGGAGGAAUUGGCAAAAGAGUGCUGAGGAAGCUUCCAAUUGAGGGCUUCAAACAUGGCCUAAUGGAGUUUAUAAGAAAGCACCAAGUAACAGUUUUAGUAGGAGAGGCGGGAUCCGGAAAGAGUACACAGGUGCCGAGAUAUCUAUAUCUGGAAGGGUAUGGAGAUAAAGGGAUCAUAGGGUGUACACAACCUAGAAGAGCGGCAGUGACUAGUUUGGCUUCUACUUUAGAAAGAGAUAUGGGAUCUGUGGUAGGAUAUUCCAUAAGAUUUGAUAAUACAACGACUCAGAAGACAAAAAUAAGAUACAUGACAGAGGGGAUUUUUCUUCAGGAAUUACUGGGAGAUAGCCUACUUAGAAAGUAUUCUGUAGUGAUACUAGAUGAGGCACAUGAGAGGAGUGCAAAUCUAGACAUCACAAUGGGAUUACUAAAGUCAGCUUUGAAGAAAAGGGAUGAUCUGAAGCUUAUAGUAAUGAGCGCUACAAUAGAAGCUCAGAAGUUCUGUGAUUAUUUUGGAUGUUCGACUUUCAACAUUGAAGGCAGAACAUAUCCAGUGGAUAUCCAAUAUUUAAGCAUGAAUGUUGACGACUAUGUUGAAUGGACAGUUAAGAAGAUCCUUCAUAUCCAUGAAAGCUGUGAAGAAGGAGACAUUCUAGUCUUCAUGACAGGAAGAAACGAUGUGGAGGGAGUUGUGGGAAUAGUGAAUUAUUGGGCUAGAAACAAAUGCCUCAGUGAAGGAAAAGGGGAAGAUGAAGAUGCAGAUCUUAAGGCUUUUCCGUUUUACAGCCAGCUUUCUGAGGAAAUGCAGAGCAAGGUGUUCAAGGUAGAGAGGAAUAUAAGGAAAUGCAUUGUUUCUACAAACAUAGCAGAAACAUCUUUGACCAUCCCAAACAUUGGGUAUGUUAUAGACACCGGGCUCCAGAAGAUAAGUGUCUACAAUUAUGAUACAGGAGAGUCUUUGGUGACUGUUCCAGUGAGUAGGGCAAAUGCAGACCAAAGGGCAGGCCGUGCCGGAAGAACAAGGCCGGGUGUAUGCUAUCGGAUGUACACAUCAAGCACCUAUGAGAAUGAUCUACUCCCAUCACCCGUUCCGGAAAUCCAAAGAACUAACAUACACGAAGUUGUCCUUCUUCUCUUAAGGCAUGGUGUAGGAGACAUAUUUGAGUUUGAUUUUAUUGAUAGUCCCUCCCCCGAGCUGAUUCAAGAUGCUCUACUUCUUCUCUAUCGCUUAGGAGCUGUAUGCCGCAAGGGCCUCCUAACCAAGGAUGGAAAAGAAAUGAGCGAGCUAAGGCUAGAACCACCGCUAGCAAGAAUGGUUUUGAAUUCCCCAAGGUAUGGAGUUGUUGAUGAAAUAGCAACUAUAGUCAGUAUGCUUAGCGUUUACAAUGUUUUUUUUGAGGGAUUUGACAAGUCGUCGCCUCUAUGCGAUCAGGCCUGUGAUUUCAUGACUCUCCUGAAUAUCUUCAAUGAGUUUAUGAUGCAGAAGAAUAGAAAUGAAUGGUGCAGUCGAAUGAAGAUUAAUGAGGAGGCGUUGAAAAAAGCAAUGGAAACCAAAAAGACAAUACUAAUGACUCUUCAAGGAAAAGGCGUAAAAAUAUCCAACUCGAGAUCUCCAAGUAGAAUUCAAAGAUGUAUAGUAUCUUCAAUAUAUUACAAUAUAGCAAGGAAAAAGGACAAAAAAUAUAUUUGUCUAAGCAACUUUCGAGUAUGUAAGAUUCAUCCUUCAAGUAUGCUCAGGGAUUGCACUAGUCAGUAUGUUUUAUUUUAUAGACAUCUCAGCACAAAGACAGAGUAUAUAUAUUGUUGCUCGGAUAUAAAUCCGCAAGUAAUUCUUGAGGAGGCAGGGAACUACUAUAGGGAUAGAAGUGCAAUUCUUAGUGGUAGAAAGCAUCUUGUCCAUAGUGACAUCACUAGCGAAACAAAAGGAGGGGAAAGGAAUGAGCUUGAACAUAGCUUUUCUAGCAUGUUAGGGCUGAAGUCAGGAUUCACGACUAGAUGCAGUCUUGGUUUGGACGAAGACCUUUAUGAUAGGUUUGAGAAAUGGGAUGGAUCUUCAGAGGAUCAUGAAGAAUUCUCCGAGCUCCCUAAAAAGAUUAGAAGGCAUAGGUUGUAA